CUUCCCUCUAUGGUGUCUCUGCUGACUAGGCUGAACUGAAAGCAGCUUUAGAAAUUGACAGAAUAGAGUGUAAAACUGCUGAAAAACCGGUAUAAAAGUAGUUAAAAGCUCAUUUCUUCUUCCUCUAAGGAGAAACUCAUCCAGUGAGGUCAUGUUUAAUUUCUCUUUGUUGUGUUAAAAUAUGAAACAAAGUAAGCUGUUACUUCAAACAAUCACGCGUGAUCUGGUUUGAAACUAUUCAAUUUCAGUACAGAAUAGAAAUAAAAUAAAAUAAAAAAGGGCUGUUUGGGACUCGAUGGAGCCAGUCCUGGUGAAGUUUAUUGAGCGCGUGCGAGCUGAGAGCGCAGAUGGACAGGAUGGGAUUAUAUCUGAGUAUACAAUGAUUAAAUAUCAGAAUGGCUCGCUGAAACAGAAGUACGGUUUGACUACAGCGGCUGGAGGAGUCAAAGAAAACACAAAGAAAAACCGCUACAAGGACAUCCUGCCGUAUGACCAAACCCGCGUUGUUCUGAGUCCAACAACACCAGAAUAUUCCUGUGAUUACAUUAAUGCAAAUUUCAUCAAGGGGGGGACAGGGAGCAGGACGUACAUCGCCACCCAGGGCCCUCUGAGUAACACAGUAGUGGAUUUCUGGCGCAUGAUUUGGCAAUAUGACAUCAAGGUGAUCAUCAUGGCGUGUAAGGAGAUCGAGCUGGGGAAGAAAAAAUGUGAGGUCUACUGGUCUCCUCUCAACGAUGUGUCCACAUUCGGUCCCUUCACUGUCUCAACUGUUCAAGAGUCACCGACAAACGAGGAAGUCAUCGUGCGAACACUGGCUGUGAAACACUGUGACGAAACUCGCACCGUGUCCCAUUUCCAGUACACAGCCUGGCCGGAUCAUGGAAUUCCAGAUGUAGCGGACGGCAUUUUGGGAAUGAUGGAAUCGGUUCACGUCAGACAGGGUUCUCAUCCGGGACCUCUGCUUAUCCACUGCAGCGCUGGCUGUGGAAGAACUGGAGUGAUUUGUGCCAUUGAUAUUGUUAAUGACCUGCUGCACAAAAAGAAAAUCGGAGAAGAUUUCAGCAUUAUGGAUAUCGUUUUUGAGCUCAGAAGACAAAGACCAUCGGCUGUCCAGACUAAGGAACAGUACGAGUUUGUCUUUCAUACUGUGGCUCAGAUGUUCGAGAAGGUCUUGCAGCAAUCGUCACAGAAUCACCAAAAUCAGAGCCUGCCCUCACAGUCUCUGUACGCCAGUGCGCUGCCCCCAAAGCCAGCGCUGAGGUCAUUCUCCAUCGGCUGCGAAAACAAGAAUACAAGAAAACCCCCUGCCCUCCGCCCGAGGUCCUCUCAUCCUCCAUCAUCCAUCAACAUGAACGACACGUAUGCAGUCGUAAACAAGAUCAAGCAGCCGUCCACCAUGCCACCGAUUGUUUCCCAUCACUACGACAAUGAAAACUCAACCACCCAGAAGGCGCCUACAAACGACCUGUACAGCAUCGUGAAGCCAAAAAACAGAGCUGCUCGCACGGCUCCUGUUUAUGACCAGACAUGGCAACGGAACCACAAGGCCUCAUCAGAGAUGGACUACGGUGGCUAUGAACCCCUACCAGGGAUGUUCCAGAUGAGAGACUCACAGCUGUAUCCAUCUCUGCCACAAGGACCUGCAGACAGACACAACAAUUCAGAUGAUGACUAUGAGUACGUCUCAAACCCAAUCAAAGAGAGCGGCAGCAGCCAGUGCAACCCUGGAGGCAUCGAAGGUGGUUGGCGGUAUCCGAGAGGCAGUGCUGCGUGGCACAGGCCUAGUUGGAUCUCCCUCUGGAACUGGGUGUUGGCGAAAACGAGUGGAAGAGAGACCACAGGCAUGUGUGAAUAUGGAGAGAGAGAGGAAGAAUAGCAUCUGCUGUUCAAGCUGAAGCCUCCAAACUCAUUCAGUUUUCAUCUCCAACUCCACGAUUCAUUUGGACAAAGAAAGCGAGGCAGCUCAAACCCACGUCCACUCGAUCACACUCACACUACUGUUUCUUCCACGUCCCAAACACCUGUCUCCCGUUCUUUCGGUGUCUGCUUGAUUUAUGAGUGCAGUAACACCAUAGGUACAUUUUGUAACUGAGAACAAAUGUGAAGCAGACUGUGAGUAAGUGGGAAAAAGCCAUACGAAUGCGUGUUCUAUUUCAGGAGGAGAGUGUUUACCGCCGUGUCAGAGCUGCUAUAGCGGCGCCCAGCCCAGGCCUGUUCACUCAGCUCACUCGGAGAUGCGCUCAGAAGAAAGCUGAAAAACUCUCAUCCAGACGCCGCAGAGACAUGCCAAGACCUGGCACAGGCGACAUGCAGCAAAGCCUGUUUUCCCCCCAUCGCUCUGUCUCUUCAUCCCCAUCUCCCUCGCUUGCUCACUUUGCUAGCUUUCCAUCUUUCUUGCUUUCUUUCGUUUCUUUGUCUCAACUCAUUUCUCUCACCCUACACUAUUGUUUCUUUUUCCUCUUUAUUUACUCGAUCUUUUUUCCCCUUUCUCCUUAUUCCUUCCCCUUUAGCUUUGCCUCACAUUGUAGAGUUAUGCAUGAUUCAAAAUGAGGUCCAUUACUGUCUCGUAAUGUGUUGUUUGUAUUUUUCUGACACUGGAAAAUACAAACAAAUAAUAAAAGAAUUGGAUGAUGUAA